CCGAUAUUAUAACUAUGGCGGGUUAUGGCUUUUCAAAGGCCUCAUUCUUACCUCUCUCAGUUAUUUCAUUGAAGCGCACUCAACGUUCUCCAUUGAAGCGUAGUUGACGUUCUCCGAUGAAUCUAGUAUCCCCCAUUGAAGCAGCUUCUAAGGGGCUAAAGAGUUUGAAGCCUAUCCCGAAACUUCUGUAUUCUUUGAUAUGUUCAUCUUCAAGUUAUGAAGUUUGUCAAGACACUUGUAACAACAGUGCUUCUGAAAAUGGUCUCAAUCUCAAACCUGAAGAUAUGAUUACUCUCUCCAGUAUCUUGUUUAAAGAACUUCAUAAAAGGCUACUAUCUAGCUCAGAUUAUCCAUCCAUGGAUCAAGAUGUUGGAUUGGAUGUAACGAAGUGUAAUGGGAAUGAUUCAAGGGAAGAAUUGCUUCUGCUUCUAAGAUGCUGUGUUCUCUUGGUGAGGUUGCAUCCAUAUGAUCAAAUGCUUACAGAGCAAUUUAAGGCUGCUGUUGCUUUACUGCACAGAUUGUCUUAUCAAGGGAUAUUGACUUCAAAAACAAGAGGAUCUAUCGGGUUUAGUAAACUGAAUACUUCUCAGAGUGCUUAUGGUAGCUGCACAAAAUCUUACGCUCCUGAUCUCAAAUCCAAAUCAUCUAAAUUAUACAUGCGUUUUUUACAACAAAUGUUGGAGGUUUAUUUGGAUGAGAUUUUUGCAGACAGACCAUUCCGAGAGUGUAUUGCAAUAUCAGACUCUAUAUCUUCCACCUGCCAAAAUCUGGCUGUGUGGUCUUCUAUAAAUAUUGAGAGUGUUCUUGAAAUUGGUGCUGCUCAUUUUCUUUUGUCAUUUUCUGUAGAAGGCGUCCUUCAAACUUUUAUUGAAAGUCUAAUUUGGACAGAAAAACCUUUUCUUUCUUCUCCUGAAGUGAGCUUGGCUGUGGCAUCCUCAUUAAUUAAUCACCCUGUCAUGAUGUCUGCUCCAAUACCUCUCCUUUCACAUCUAAUAUCUUUGGUGUCCGAAGUUAUCGGCAUAUGGGUCAGUCCAGAGAAGGUAGUGCCAGAGUUUAGAUGUGUGAAUAUAUAUCUAUCUACGUUUAAUGAUUCAGUCAAUUUGUACUGUGAACACAUGUCUAAGUUGAUGACUGGAAGUAGCCCAGGGAGGAUCGUCCAACGACAUUUUGAGUCUCAUUUCCACUCAGUGGUCUAUGAUAAAAUUAACUUCAUGCUCGUUGAUUUGGAUAAUGCAUGGAGAGGACGAAGCACCAUGAUGUUUAACAUGACAAUAUCUAGCAUGGCAAUCGAUGCCAUAUCUUACAUAGAGACAAAUAUCUAUAUUGUUGAUAAAACUUACAGAGAUGAUUUGCUUUCCUUUCUUAGCUCAUUGAUAGCAAGACUUAUUUCAGUUGAAGUCGAUGAAGUUCUAUUGCAAAAUUUCAAGGAAAUGGCUAUGCAAGAUUUUUGCCUGCUUGCUUCAAUAUUAAAAUUGAUGAGUUGCUCUUUGUUGCAAGCUACUCGCUGCUGUAAUGAGAAUUUGAGUUGUUUAAUAUCAUUAUUGAAGAGAAAAGAUGUACUUCCAUGUCACAGCUCUCGAGCUGAUCUGAUGAGUUCCUUUGCACAGUACAAUCUCCAUUUACCAGUUCAAGUUCAACAGUUCAUAAUUAAUGCUUUGAAACCAUAUGUAUCAGAAGACGAAGAAUAUGAGUUGUUUGUUCAUUUUUCUAGCCUUUUAUCAUUAAGCAUAGUGAGUGGAUUGCACAUACUGGUGCGUGGAUGCUUAUUUUUCAUGCUGGUUCUCGUGAAUACUUUAGCUCUGAGAUCAUCAUCAAUUAAAUCAGGAACAGAGUCACCUCUAUGUGUAUUUUCACAGACCACUGUCAUUAGCCCUGUUGAAAUUCCUCCUAAAACAGGUUUUUCUGAUAUAUCUCGAAAGAAAUGCAGCCUCAGAGUUGCAUCAAACUUUCGAAGAGAAAGACGGAUAUUGUUCAGGGACUAUAGAGCAUCUGAAAUUUCAGACUUGUCAGAUGAAGAAACUUUGCAAUGGGGAAAGUUUUCUUAAGUGUUUGAUAACGAAUUCUAAAGAUAUUGCUGAGUUAUCUGAUUUUAUCGAGUGCAAGCCAUGGAGAGACUACAAUGCUCGUCUCUUCUCAAAAUCUAGAAUACAGUGCAGGAGAUUGCAAGAAUCUGCAAGGCAUCUGCGGCUGAAGAAGACGCAAGUUCAUAAUUCCGUGAAACGUGGAGGCAAAAGGAAGUGUAAAGGAAAGUCUGUAAAAGUACGAAGUAUUUAAAAGUGAACGUGUAUAGGUGUGCGUAUCUAUGUAUAAAUUUUGAUAUAAAGAUUUACCUGGCAACCUUCUCUUAUGGAAAUAUACCAGUUGAUCCCAAAA